AUGAAUCCCAUCAGGCUUCUACUGCUUGGGGCUCCAGGAUCUGGCAAGGGAACUCAAACUUCGAGGCUUCUAGCUCAUUUCAAGCAUAUUCAAUCGGUCUCAUCUGGAGAUUUAUUACGACUUCAGAUCCAACGGAAAACAGAACUAGGCAAAAUUGCAGCUCAAUACAUCUCCAAAGGAGCACUUCUGCCAGAUGCAUUCGUCACAGAGCUAGUACACAAUGAAUUGAGCUCCAGGGGAUGGCUAUCGCCUAGCUCCAGCUUCUUGCUCGACGGUUUCCCAAGAACAUUAAAACAGGCAAAAACAUUACGAUCCAAGCUCGCACCACACAAAGCAGCCCUCACUAUGGUUUUCGAGCUAGAUGUCCCAGAAAGCGUUAUCCUGGAACGCAUUGAGAACCGAUACGUCCACGUUCCCAGUGGCAGAGUCUACAAUUUGACAUACAACCCUCCAAAAGUAGCAGGCAAAGAUGACGUGACCGGCGAACCCCUUACCAAGCGCCCAGACGAUACUGUUGAGGUGUUCGGACGAAGACUCGACAACUACAGAGAAACUUCAGCACCAUUGAAGGAAUUUUAUGCGAAAUUAGGCAUUCUGCACCGCGUUUCGGGCGAGACGUCGGAUAUCAUAUUCCCUAAGCUUCUCAGCCUUGUGGAAAACAGUUUGAAUGGCUCUGGGACCCCAGAAACCUCCGAAAAGUCUACGACGCGCGAUGCUUGA